AUGGCAAGUGCAAACUGGGGAUAUGAUGGCAAAAAUGGUCCUGACCAAUGGAGCAAGCUGUAUCCCAUUGCCAAUGGAAACAACCAGUCUCCUAUCGACAUUAAAACCAGUGAAGCCAAACAUGACAGCUCUCUGAAACCUAUUGGUGUCUCCUAUAAUCCUGCAACUGCCAAAGAAAUUGUUAAUGUGGGACAUUCCUUCCAAGUAUUAUUUGAUGACAGUGGUAACCAAUCUGUUCUGAAAGGUGGCCCUCUCUCUGAGAGCUAUCGGCUCACCCAGUUCCAUUUUCACUGGGGCAACUCAAACGACCAUGGAUCUGAGCACACUCUGGAUGGAGUCAAAUUUUCUGGAGAGCUUCACCUAGUUCACUGGAAUUCUGCAAAGUACUCCAGUGCUGCUGAAGCUGUCUCAAAACCUGAUGGGAUGGCAAUCCUUGGUGUUUUUUUGAAGGUUGGUCCAGCCAACCCAAACGUGCAGAAAGUACUCGAUGCCCUAAACUCAGUUAAAACUAAGGGGAAACGAGCCCCAUUCACAAAUUUUGACCCAUCCUGUCUCCUUCCUUCAUCCCUGGAUUACUGGACUUACUUUGGCUCUCUGACUCACCCUCCUCUUCAUGAGAGUGUCACCUGGUUCAUCUGCAAGGAGAGCAUCAGUGUCAGCCCCGAACAGCUGGCACAGCUCCGAAGUGUUCUAUCAAAUGCAGAGGGAGAGGCGGCUGUUCCUAUUCUGACCAACCACCGUCCAACCCAGCCCCUGAAGGGCAGAACAGUGACAGCCUCAUUUUGA